AGAGAGAGAGAGAGAGAGAGUGAGUGAGUGAGUGAGUGAGUGAGUGUGUGUGAAUGUGAUGGCGGCUGCGUGUUCGCUCCGUGUGUAUCGCAGUGUGUUAAAGGAGCUUCGGCAUUUGCAGGGCUCCGAAUACACACAAUCCAUGGCCUAUACACACCUGAGAGAGCAGUUCAGGAACAACCAGGUGACAGGUGAGCGUCACUGCCGUGCUCAAAGAGAGGCCUUGCACACCAGUCAGGUUUACCUGUGUCUGCUGGAAUCCACACGCCUCCACUUGGAUCUUCAUCAGCAGUACCACGCACGGGGCGAGCGUGGGCCGGAUGAAGUGGCCAGACUGGUGGGGCUGCGACUGCCCACACAACCAGGCGGCAAGGGCUGGGAAAAGUGAGAAAGCGAAGAAAAGAAUGAAGAAGGAUGGUGUACUGAACUUUAUGCUGGUCCUGAGACUCUGAUUGAAGGGAAAGAAUUAGAAGUGUUUAACUGACUGUGAGUGAACCUCGGAUGGCUCCAUACUGCCUAUCUAGUCACCAUUCAGGACUGUAGUUUCUCUUGGAUAUGUAAUGCACUGCUUGGGCAUAAAAGCUAUAGUUUAAAGAUUAUACUGCACUGUAUAGGAUGUAGGGAGCCACUUGAGAUGUAUCCUGUCUUGCUAAGGCUCUUGUGUUGCUGUAAAUGAGCAGAUUUUUAGAUGUUUGUCUUCACUGGAAACUUAACUAGGAAACAAAUUUUUGUCUUUCCUUUAUUCAGUGAUUCUCAAUCCUUUCCUACUGACAAACACAAUAUUAAAUGUGAAGUGCUGGUACAUACAAAGGCUCCGUUUAUACAUGGCAUUUAAACAGCAGCACUUUAACCUGCUCAGGGGCCUUAUGGGUAUAGUUUGUUUCCAAAAACUUGAAACCUUUGUUUUUGUGAUUUCCAAUACCACUAUUUAUCAUCUUUUCAUUACUGCACAAACUUAUACAAAGCUUAAGUUAGCUCUUUAUCCGCCUUUUUCUUUUUCCAAUUUUCUGUUCCACUUCAAAAGAUGCCGCAGUUGCAUUCUGCUGCCUGUGACUGUCGCACCAUUUAAGGUUGAACAGGAAUAAGAAGCUGGUGAAUAGAAAGCUAGUUUAAGCCUCACCAAACUUAAGUCUAGAAUCAAACCACUGAAACUCAUACUUGGUCAAAUUUGCAAUGAACUUUACCUUAUGUGUGCUAGCUCUGCUACAGCCAAUCAGCAAGUGGCUCUUUCCAGUGAUGCUCUGUAAAUCCAUUAACAUCACCAAAACAGCAACUUGGGUCCGCAAGCUGUAGUAUAACAUCUGAUUCAAGCUACCCUACUGUUGUGUACAUCUGUUUAAAAAAAAAAAAAAAAAAAAGUGGGUAGGCUAACAUGAUGGACACAAUUUCCAUACACAUGGACGUAAAGAAGAUGAGAUGACCGAGAAAACUAAAAAAAAAAAAAGUAUCUUAGGUAAGG